AGAAUUCGGUAAACAAAAGCCUGCAUGGUACAAUCUCUAUUCUCCCUCUGACAAAAGUCGCCAAAAAGUUUAACGAAGUUUCAUUCAAUCAGUGCUGGCAACACAGGAACGCGAAACAAACGCCGAGUCCACCUGUUUCUGACAACAGCGUACAGGAGACUCGGUGACGCAAUCGCCUGCGUUGAAGACGGAUUCACCAAUCGAUUUGCAUACGUCGGUGAUCAAUACAGCAACGCGGAUACCACAUCGGAUAAAUAUGCACGGACAAAUAGACUCGCGUUACAUCGGAAGAACGAAGCCAAGCUGCCGGCGGCGGUGGUAGUUCGAAUCGAACGAUCGUAGCGAGCGUUCCUGACAGUCGCAAGCUCGUCGUGAGCAAGAUCACCCGACAUUGUUAAGCCGUGAAGACUCGUCUGCCGGCAAGAUCGAGACGUUCGGUUACGAAGGGACGGACUUGUACAGAAAAAGUGUGGCUGAUCAAGUGCCACACCUGGCUGAAAAACAAAAAAAAAAAGAAAAAUAAUAAAAACAUCUAACGUGUUCUGCCUAACGUCGAACCGCUGGCGGCAAGUCGUCCGUCGAGAGAAAGACCCGCACGCUUGCAAGCAUGCGUCGGCUCGUUUCGUGCCGUGCAUCACGCGCGUAACGCGGAAAGUGUCCCGAUCUGGGACAGUCCAGGUACCCCACCCGUGAUUCAGCGAUCCAUCGUUCCCGGUGGCCUCCGCUCCCUCUUUUCUCGCUUCUCCUCGGCUCGUUCUCUCGGUGCCUUCCCUUUCGAACUUUGGUCCUUGCUGCCAUCCGGUCGAGGUGGUAAGCUUUACUAAGAGAGCACGCGUCCUCCGAAGGUUCAGUACAAAACGCGCGCUCAGACUCAAAGGAUCCUUGGAUCCUCCGCUCGACAGAGAGACGAGAAAGACAGGACCUGCUCGACCCUCGCGCCAGGAUCUCGAUGAGACUAGGCUGAUAGGCUCGACCGUGUGUGAUUUCCCUGCCUGUUCAGCAUCCACCGGCGACCUGUCGCGAUUUCGGUGCUCGAUCGCGUGGAAAUCGCAAUGUGGGCUCGCGGGGUCCUCCUAGUGUCGUUCGCGCUCAUCGCGCUCGGAUCCACGACAAAAUGCCCGAAGAGGAAAACCUCGCCCGUCCGAGAAAUUCUCUGCUAUACUUCCACUUUCGACGCACAGCUGCUCGCCGACUCCGUGUGCAGCUGCACCACUUUGGUGCAUCAGAAUCAUGACGUGCGGAAUCUCUCAAUUUCCGAUAUCGUCGAUUUACGGGAGUCCUUGAGAGAGAUGCAUCCGCCUCUUCAAUUUGUAAUUUCUAUCAAUGACGCUGAGAAAACGUUUAAAACUUCCGCCAUGUUACGGCAAGAAGCGAUCGCUCGAAUCAUUGCUGUCAUGAAAGAGGUGGACGGCGUGGAGUUGAAUGUGACGGCUGGUUCUAAGGAGCGUCUUUAUAAUUUCGUCAAAAGUCUGAAAGAUGAAAUGAUCAGAAAGUCCUACGAUAAAAGGAUUUUCAUGACCUUACCCAGCAAAUCCGAGGAUCUCGGCAAGCAAUUCGAUCUCAAGGAACUCGCCAAGUACGUUGAUCUAUUUACGCUGCCAACGGACUACUUGACGGACGAAGAUAGUACCUUUGUUACCUUCCAUCCCUCGCGUCUAAUGGGACUCUUCGAUAUACUGAACACGGACAGCUUAGUAGACUUGAUAAUCGGACUAGGAGCUCCGAAACGAAAGAUCUUAGUGUCCUUGCCGGCUAACGCGUAUAAAUUUACUUUGAAGGACGAGUCUGAAAACGUUCCUAGAUCAGAAACUACCGAAAAAGAACCUAGUCCGAUUGAUCGCAAACAGCUCUGCGAAGCUAUAACUAGCGGAGAAUGGACCGUGGAACGAGAUGAGGAUCUCACGGCACCGUACGCAUUUCGAAACAAGACGUGGAUCUCCUUUGAAGAUAAGAUUUCAGUUGGAAUAAAGGGGAAAUAUGCGUUUCUGCGCGACCUGGCGGGAUUGGCGGUGCGAAACAUAGAAAGCGACAUGAAGACCGAGUGCGAGAAACCAAUUACGCACGAAAUUUACCAGUCCUUCACGGAAUUCAAGAGGAAAUCGAGAUAUGCCGUGCUCAACGCGCUGGAAGACGAGCUUCAUCAAGCUCAGUUUUCGUACCCGAAUCAAGCGAAAACGUCCAACUUCCGAGUGGUUCGCAUAGUAGAUACUGAGGGACACAUCAGAGCUGUACGUGAAAACACGCAAACAGAAUUCGUUUGCAGGCGACAGGGUUACUUCGUGCAUCCCAAGAGUUGCAACAGAUUUUAUCGCUGCGUUAAAUUUAAUCAAGAGAUUGAAAAUUAUUCGGUCUUUGAAUUCGAUUGCCCAGCUGGCCUAUCGUUCGACGAGCGUACGGAAGUUUGCGUUUGGCCAGGCUCUUUGCCACAAGGUUCACCGUGUCCUGGUAGCAGCGAAAUUGCUCCUGUAGCACCGAAAAGAUUCGAAUGCCCAUCUCGAUCCGGCUAUUAUGCAGAUCCACAGAACUGUCGUUGGUUCUUUGCUUGCAUGGACUUGGGUGGACCGGAAAUAAUGGCGUUCGAGUUCCGUUGUCCAUACGGCUUGGUGUUCGACGAGCAAAAAUUGGUGUGCGAGUGGCCCUGGCUGGUGCCAGCUUGCUCAGAAUCCGGAUCAGCUUAUACCAGAACAGAGUACGAUUACAGGGGAUACUCUAUGGAGACCUCGGCUGGACUCGGUACUGGAGGUUACGUUACCGGUAGUAUACCUAGAUACUCCACAACUGGAAUGGGUUAUUCCGGCGCGGAUUAUUCUAAAACAGCCGGUGCUGGUAUCCAUGGAACCAGCGGGCCGAGUUACUUUGGAUUCACCACAGGACACGUCGGUGAACAUGCUAGUAUUUCAACUUCUGACGAUGGAAGGAUUUCUGGACACGGAUCAUCUAGCCCAUUUGCGGUUGGUUAUUCUGGAUCAACUGGACAAUACGGAGGAUCAGUACCUGUUUCAUCGUAUUCUGGAUCACCCGGCAUACACGUUGCUUCAGUAUCUCCUGGUAUAAGCGUUGGGGGCAGCGCAGGAUACCCCACAGCAAGUAGUGGAAUUGGCAGUACUGGGCAUACAAUGUCCAGUGGAGGAGUUGGAUAUACUAAAUAUAGCAGUGGAUAUGCAAAAACUGAAUCGAGCGGUAUUGCUACAGGUAUUUCUGGAUCCACAGUGGGAGGAUAUUCGGGAACCUUUGGUAGAGACCAUUUAACAGGGCAAGGUGUGACUUACUCAGGAACACCUGGAGUUGGUUAUUCUUCUACGUUAGGUGUACAUACUGGAGGCGUCAGUGGCAGUCAUCCGGUAGCGGGAGUAAGUUAUUCUAAGCCGGAAACGAGCUAUUUCGGCUCCACAGAGGCGUUUGGACCGUCCACAGGCAUUCGUGCAGACCUUAAUGGACCUAAACAUGAUGGAUCAACAAGUCUAUACACAGGAUCGAAUAUAUUUAACGUCGAUGGUUACUCAGCUUCUACCAAUGUCUAUUCAGGAGCAACUAGAGGUCAACCAUCGUCCAGUAUAGAAGGAUUAUAUGGAUCAGUACCCAAGACCUCUUAUCCUGAAGCUACCAGCGGUGUCGAUAUCACUGGAUCAAUUAACAGAGGAUAUACAGGAUCAAGUACAGAAGUAUAUCGGGAUUCGUCUGCUACAGCAUAUUCGAAAACCACUGAUCAGACCGACGUCGGUUCUGUUGAAAUUGGUGUGAAUUUACCGAGCAGUUCUGGAAUAGAUUCAAGUUUGCACUCGACGACAGGACGUGUCACAGGAACUAAUUUUGUUAGCGGUGUCUCAAAACCAGAAGUUGUGCCUUCUUUCAUUUCCGAACGUCCUGGUGUUACGGCUGCUGAUAGUGACCAUUUAAUAAGAGGUAGUACGCAAUUUUCUGGAGCAACAGGUACUUCUUCAGGUGUAAGAUACAAUAGUGAGGAUGGGUAUACAGUUCCUGUAUUCAUACAACCAGUGGAACCGAUCUAUCCUUCGAUUGGAACAACGAGAACUGGAGUUGGGCCUUAUGGCGCAACAGGUGAGACAUACGGAGUCAGAGACCAUAGCGAAACAACUGAGACAUAUGGAGUUAGAGUAACAGGUGGCUACACGCAACCGGACUUAGCGAGACCUCAUUUGAAUGUUAGCAUUUUCAAUACUAGAAUUCCUACUGGCUAUAACGUCCACGCAGGCACUACUGGUGCAAUUCUGACCGGAGGUAGCGUAGAGGGAGGUAUUGUUACCGGUGACUCUUUGUCAGGAACCAUACUUGGUCACGGAGACAUUCCUGGAGCAAUAUCAACUGGUAUCAGUGACCAAGGUACUAUUUUGACUGGAGGAGCUCGACCUGGCUAUGUAACUACUUCUUCUGGAACACCAGGAUAUGUAAUCACGGACGGAGUGAAGAAAGUUGACGUUGGAUCGGCUAGUGAUGGAACGGUAAUAUACGGAACAUCAUCACCUGGAAUUUCACUGACCAGCCCUUCGAUUCCCGGUGUCGCUCUGAAAGGUGACAUCACUCCGAAUGUCGCUGUUUCCGGACAAACUGCUUUUGGAGUAUCUCUAGGAGGUUCCACUCAGCCAGGAACUAUCGUAAGUGCAACCGGAAAACCGUAUAUCUCACAGACGGGCAUAAGUUAUCAAGGCGGCAGUGCUUCAACAAGAGGAUCGAGUUAUUUAAGCGGCACUUUAACUGGAGGAUCAACGCCUCCAAGUGCUCAUGAUUAUAAACCUGACGCAGGGCGCGCUACCGUCACGUUUAACGCUCCUUACGAUAUCGGCAAAUAUCCAGAAAAUGAUCUUCCAGACUAUAGACCAACCAGUGCCACGCUUCCUGAUUCUAUCGUAUCUGGAGGCAAGAUAGAGAGCACCGGAGGUGUUGUGCUGCACUCUACUUCAUUCGGAAUCCAUGACUCGAGCACUGUUGCUCCAGGAUAUGCCUCAAUCAAACCAUCGGUCUUCACGCCAAGCGGAUUCACAAAAACUGGUCCAACUAAAACAGGUAUAACCACUGCCAUUUUAGGCGGUGGUGGUAGCUACUCAGUAAGCACAAGCGAACGUCGACCUAUUUUGCAUCCCGAAAAUAUCGGCGAGAAAGCAUUCGAAGGAAAUGUUGACGAUUAUUCCAAGACAUCACCCAUCGGCGGCUUAUCUUCCACCUUUACUCCGCCUGUCUAUCCCUCGACAUUUGUACCGGGUGGUCGCGUCACUUCACCAUCAGCUACUUCCGGAUAUUCGUAUCCUAAGCCAUCCGUAAAAUUUGAAACUGGCGGUACUUCUUCCGUAUCACCUAUUUUAUCGACCAAAGGUAAUCUGCCAGUUACAACACCAAUACCAUUCUUGAGCGUCGAACUGCAUAAUAAAUUGCCUGAUAGAACUAGUGCGUUUGGAUCGAAGAUACCUACUGUAUCGAGCGGCUUAUUAACACCAACAGUCACACCGAUAAUUUACACUACCAAACAACCCGAGACUUACAAAACGACCAUGUUUGAAGCAGCUAAGAUCCCAGGAGUUUUCACUGCCAGACCCAUCAUCGAUACUGGUUACAAGACGAUGAUUGCCCCUACCAAUAUUCCGGUAUCGAUAUUGACUGAAGACAGGUUUACCCAACGAACCGGUGGUUUCCAAACUGGAGGAGUAUCUACAUCUAGUUUCGGUCCAGGGGUGCCUUUCCAUCCACGGACCGAGUCAAGUCCAAAAGACUACAGUGCCUUUACUUCACCGUCUCCGGUCUUAGAAUAUCUUCCUGGAAAGCCAAGCAAACCUGGUUUAAUUGCAUCUACCGUGAACUACGACGUACCGGUAACUAGACGACCAGAAUUCGUAGGGGUAACUUACAAGAAACCUUCGCCAAGCUACGGCGUUACAUACAAGAGUCCAUCUUCCGUCAUAUCUCCGACUACGUUCAGACCCACUGACACGUACUAUCCUGGCCAAGAAUUUUCGACCCCGUCUUCUUCAGGAACGACUGUUGGCGGCGGUUCACCAACAAAUCUGGAUAUCUCAAGAGAUGAGAUCGACAAACUAAUUACCAACUACAGAGGCACUAUUAAAUACACACCAAGCGCGUACGACGGCUCUACAAGCUCAGGAUUUGAUUUAACGUCAAGCAAGAAGUUCUCGUCGUCGUCCACAAGGACCGGCAGUACUUUCGCUGUCACAUCAGGUCCCACAGCUUCUUAUGAGGUUACCACGAAAUCUGCUGAAGGUAAGGGCAAAGUCAUCGUCAAGUGGAGCGAUCUUCAUCCACUUCUUCUCGGUAAGCUCGGAGCAGACUGCACAUGCAAGGCUGAUCCUUUCGCUAAUCUUCGCGGCCCGGGGAAGAAAAAGUUGAUAGCUUCUUCUAGAGGCAAGGUGGAUCUGGCUAAUUAUGAUGAGUCCGACAUCUACGUCGAUCUUGAGAACGACGACUCUUCUGAAGAGGGCGACUACGUUACCAAUUAUGAUGACCAUUCACCACAGCCCUACAAGAUUAGUCCACAUGAAACAACGAGCGUCUCGACGCUGACGUCCAAUUUACCAUCAUCCUCUUAUUUGCCUGUGUCUUCAGCAAUUAACGUGAGAGGCUUCACUCCUGCGACAAAUAUUCACAACGGAGCAUUCCCGAAAAAUGAUGUUUUGGGCGAACCUGAUAGAUUCCGAGGUGGCCUUCGAGUCGGCAAAAAAUUGGAGAUUGCUCCAUCACCAAACGCGAUCAUUUCCGACCAAGAAGACGAUCCCGACCAAGUCAUCGAUGGUGCCACUGACUGCGCCAGACCAGGCCUCUUCAGACAUCCUAAUCUCUGCAACAAAUUUUACGCUUGUUACUGGGAUCAGUGGAAGAAGAAGUUCACGCUUCACAUUUUCAAUUGUCCGAUUCAUCUGACAUUCGACUCACACGCUGGCGCUUGCAAUUGGCCGAGCAAGGGCCCAGCUUGCCAGGCUGAUAAUCUGUUAGUGUAAGUUCCAUUAUUGGACACUAUUGCGCGGCCAAUAUCUCGGUGACUUUUCUACAGUCCCAGGGAACGCUUUCCCACUUUUUCUAUGUACAUAAUAAAUAAGAAGAUUUAAUGUUUAAAAAGUUGUAAGUGUUCGAGUUAAUCUUUGUAUCAUUUAAUCAAUUUGGAAGGAUCCAUUCAUCACUCGAGUGAUGAAAUGUUGCGAGUCUGUAUGUAUGCGAGCAACAAGUCAUUGAACAAUGAAUGAUUGCUGCUUUCACAGGUUGGUCUCUCGGCCUCGGAUUGAUUGAUUAUUUUGUUUCGAGCUCAUAGACACCUAGAUUCCUAAACGUUUGCAUUGAAUGGCUUCGAUAAAUAUCGCGUCCGAGUGAAUCUCUUAACGCCGGAGAGCGGAGUCGUGGAUAGAUAGGUUGAGACAAAAGGAGGAGGCUAAAUUCAAGGCGAUCGAGAUACUGGCUGCGGGAAAGCGUCGUCAAAGUGAAAGUAGUCCGUGCUCGUCGAUCCAAAUCGCGAAAAGUCAUCGGCUACAAUGUAUAUAAUUUGUACUUCUACGUUCCAAAUUAAUGUAAAUAUUGAAUAAACUGUCUAAAAUCAUCGUUUUAUAUCGA